CCAACGCGGACCGAACACUUAGAAAAAAAUAUAAACAGAAGAAAAAAUAUUUUUUUAGAGUUCGACUUUCACACUUUCAUCGAUCCUUCUUCAGAAACCAAAACCUUCCUCGUUAAGGAAGAGCAAUUGGGUUUGAUCCUGAUCGAAACCUACACCAUGGCCAUGUUCGAUUCCCUCUUCAACAAAGGUUUUAAGGCUGCCAAAUGUAAAACUCUACUGAAACUGACGAUUCCCCGAAUAAAGCUGUUAAGAAACAGAAGAGAGAUUCAGUUAAAGAAUAUGCGGCGUGACAUCGCCAAGCUACUUGAGACUGGCCAAGAAGCCACAGCUCGUAUUAGGGUAGAACAUAUUAUCAGAGAGGAGAAUAUGAUGGCUGCCCAAGAAAUCAUUGAACUCUUUUGUGAACUUAUUGCUGUCCGUCUUCCAAUAAUUGAAUCUCAAAGGGAAUGUCCGCUUGACUUGAAGGAAGCCAUAUCUAGUGUAUGUUUUGCUGCACCAAGGUGUGCAGAUCUGCCAGAGUUGUUGCAGGUUCAGAUGCUAUUUGCUGCCAAAUAUGGGAAGGAAUUUUUAUCUGCUGCAACUGAGCUCAGGCCAGACUGUGGUGUUAAUCGCCAGUUAAUAGAGCUACUUUCAAUCCGUGCUCCUUCACCAGAAAAGAAACUGAACCUUCUGAAAGAAAUUGCUGUUGAGAAUGAUUUAGAUUGGGACCCAGCAGCAUCAGAAACUGAGUUCUUUAAAAAACAUGAAGAUUUAUUGAAUGGCCCCACCCAAUUCUAUAGUGGGUCUAAGGUUCCCCUUCCUGAUGAAAAACCAAACGAAGGGAUGUACUCUUCUCAUGAAACACCCAAUAAAGAAGAACCUGAAUCUGAUUCUGGCUCUGAUACAUUAGAAUUUCCUGAAGUUCCUAAAGUAUCAGUCCGGCCUAAUGCAAAUGUUGCCACAGCUCCAGAAAUGGUUACACAUCUGACUAUGGAACCCCUUGAUGUUGAUCUUGAUUCAUCAAGCAAUUCGGGAGAUUUUGAAGAUGUCAAGCAGGAGCAUCUUGAAGAUAGAUCAACAGUUCACAAAGAUGAACCCCAUACUUCAAUUGCCAAAGAGAAUAUACAGUUCGUGCCAUUCAUCUCUCCUCCAGCAUUAUCAUCUGGAUCAUUUUCUGCAAGACCUAGUGAAUCAUCUCCCACCUUGUCAAGUGCAAAACCGGAACCCAAUGUGGACCUACAGGAUGUGUUGGCUGCAGCCCAUGCUGCUGCAGAAACUGCUGAACGUGCUGCAGCUGCAGCUCGCACAGCAGCUAGUCUUGCUCAAGUCCGUAUUAAUGAGCUGACUAAGAAGAGAAGCGAUGAACGUGUAUCAGACAGCAGCUCCGAGAACCCAUUUUAUGCUGGUGGUGAUAAUGAAUCUCCAACAAAAGAAAAACAUUUCACUGGGCAAAGUCCUGCCGGUAACUCUGAUGUCCAUAGUAGAAAAGAUCUUGAACAUUACCAGGAUCAUUAUACUUCCCCAGGCUCUCAUUCAUCAAGCUUUCCUUCCUUUGACACACUCAAGGAAGAUUUUGAUUCCUCCCUGCCCAGUAAUCAUGUACUGAAUGACAACUCCUCUAGUCACCAGCCCAAGAGAUUACCUUCAAUGGACGAUGAUUCAUACUUCUCAUACCCCAACUUAUUUACCUCUCAAAACUCGAAUGUUGGAUCUCAGACUCAUUCAGAUAAUAGCCGUCCCCCUCAUGAUCUGUGAUGGAGAAUAUCAUCCGGCCACACAUAUCUUUAUAUGAGAAUCUUAAGUCUUGCUCACGAGUGUGUUUUAUACCUGCAAUAAGUAUUGUUUUUUUCAUAUUUUCAAAGAGCAUGCGAUCCCUGGCUUUGUUGAUUACACAGUUCAUACCAGGGCACUUUGUACGAUGACGGUGCUGCCACUGUGUAAUUGCUUUAGUCCAGAAGCGUUACUGUUUGUGGCUGUGGCUACAAUCACUGUAUAAAUCUUAUAUUGUUGGAAUACAAGCACUCAGCUUUACAUUUUUCUUUUUUCAUUUUUUGUUUCAAGGAAAGCAAGACAGCAGCUAUACAAGUUAGGUCACCGGAGGAUAUUAGACAUGUAAUACAUUUAGAACUUCAUUUGUAAUUUUGUGAUAUGGUAGCAUGAGUGUGGAAUAUAUCACUUCAUUUGUUUUA